AUGCAUCGGAAGACAGAUCAACCGCAACAAAUGGUAAUAACAAUGGUUUUACGUAAAAAUUAAUUGAUAGAUGUAUAAACUCUUCCUUUUAUAUCUAUUGUAUCUACUUCGCAUGUGCGAGCAAUCUCUUUCUUAAAGCCCCCUUUAACUUUGUUCAGUGGACAACGGACAGGGAAACGUGUCUGCGGGCACGAGAUUGAUGAUGAUUAAUUCAUGGGCUAUAACUUUUUUUAGGUAGAUGUUAAUUAUUAGCAGUGUAAGGGUCUUUUUAGCUGAAUAAAGAUAACGUAGCAAUUUCUUUAGUCAAGAAGCAUUGACUGGCCUCAGUUGUUCAAACAUCAGCCGGACAGGGCUAUACACCACCGGAUAAAUCACUAUCCUGCGAAUAAGUAUUAAGUCAUCCAUUGGAUAGAGAUUUAUCCAGUGCAUAGCGUUUACUAAUCCUUUAACAAAUAGGGCCUGAUGAUUAAAAGGUAUUACAAAUUAUCGGAGAGGUUAGGUUGCGUCUUGGAGUAAUAGAAAUCAAUACUGAUAGCAAAAUAGUCAAUUCAAUGGUAAAUGGUUUUAAAGAGUCGGUAGCUCGAAACAGUCCCACUAGCCAGGAUUCUUGGAGAGGGAGGGGGGCACUCCCCAUAAUGGCUUAUACGGGAUCAAAGAUUAGGGAAUUCAUGUGUUGAAGGGUAUGAAAGGGUAGGGGAAAUUAACAAGUAACAAUUAUUUAAAGAGAGAAUGAAAUUGAAUUUUUCAAAAAGAUGAGCCUUCUGGCUAAAUAAUUCAAUUUAUUAAACGUUACACGAGAAUGAAAAAACGACUUGCCUUUUUAGUGAUUUAUUCAGACUUGUUAAGUAGGUAUGUGAAAAAGGGUACCUUCUUGCAAUGAAAGGUAUUUCUGUCAAAACGGCAUAUCUAAAGGGUAAGGGGCUGAACCUCGGAGGGGAGCCUCCCCGUAUAAGACUUUGGUGAGAAACCCCCUGCCUCCUGCUGGCCAUGAUUAGCGGUCACGACCGGGAAUCGAACCCAAAACCUCAGGUCUUGCAUAGGUCAAUCCUUGCUCUUAAAGAAAAAUGUAGCUUACUAAAUAGGGAAUACAUGUGAAAAGGGGUACUAUUUUGCAAUGGAAGUUGGAAAACUCUUUUCUGUCAAAAAUGGUAUAUAAAAGGGACGGAGCUUCCCCGUAUAAAAAUUAGUUGAGAAGCCCUCCCACCCCCCCAUCCCACCAGGAUAAGAGGUAACAUCCGGAAAUCGAACACGAGACCUCUUGAAAAACACCUUACAAGGCUAUUGACUUUUAAUUUCACAGGUUCCUACCCUAGCACCUGAAGAUGUGAUGGCUGAAAAAUUGGCAGCUGAAGUAAUAAGCAGCAGUUUAAGAGAGGUUGCUGAAAUCGUUUUAAAAGAAGAGGUUGUCCCUGUUGUCGCACAUGAGGUCGGUGAAGCGAGAGAGAAAAACAGCGCUGUAAAAUUGAUACCUGACUUUGCGAUCGAGUUAGAAAGUGUACGUAGGGCGACCGAGGUACUCAUACGGGAAGAACUUCUAAAUGUGAUCGCUGAAGACUUGGCAGCGAAAGUAAUUACAAGCAGUUUAAGAGAAUUGGAAAGCGUCUCUUUGGUUGAAGACAUUGCAUCUGAGGCAGAGAAAAUAAUCCCAGAGGCCACCUGCGAAUCGACUGAUAGUGUGAUCGAGCCUGAAUCUGAAGAUCCCGAGUUGCAUAGAAGCGUCAAAGAAACCUUGAGUGACGUCACUAGGCCUAGUGACGAUGACAAGCUCAGCAACAAAGCCCAUGAGUGCUUUUUAGAAUGGGAAACCGUCAGUGCAGUUCAACCAGAAAUUGCCUUGGAGUUUGAAAAUGUAACUGCAGUCACUGAGAUAUGUUUACAAGAAGAGAUUGUCUCUGUUGUCGCACACGAGGUCGGUGAAGCGAAAAAGAAAAACAGCGCUGUAAAAUUGGUACCCGACUUUGCAAUCGAGUUAGAAAGUUUACGUGGGGUGACUGAGGUACUCGGACAAGAAGAACUUAUAAAUGUGAUCGCUAAAGACUUGGCGGCAGACGUAAUUACCAGCAGUUUAAGAGAAUUGGAAAGCGUCAAUUUGGUUGAAGAAAUUGCAUCUGAGGCAGAGGCAAUCCAGGCCGUUGUAUGCGAAUUGACUGAUAGUGUGAUCGAGCUUGAGUCUGAGGAUCCAGUGAUGGAUGAAGUCAGUGAAACUUCGGUUGACCUUCUUGUUGACAAACUCAGCGGUGCAGUGGAAGGGAGUGAGUGCAUGUUAAAAUGGGAAACUGUCGGUGUAAUUGAGCCAGAAAUUGAGGUCGAGUUUGAGGGCGUAGCUGCUGUUACUGACAUUCCCGUACAAGAAGAAAUCAUCUCUGGUGUCGUCCAUAACUUGAGCGCAGAAGUGAAACCUGACCUUUCUUUCGAGCCACAAAGUGUUACAGCCGAAAUUGAUAUUCCUCUCGAGGUGGGAAAUUCCACAAGUACUCGCGGGUCAGUUUCAACGAAAAAAGAGAGUGCGUUUUUCCCAGAAUGUUCAUUGCAGAUGGAAAACGGCAGUGAUGUUUCUUCGAUCUCCAAUGAAGCUGCAGCUGCAGAAGUAAAACCAUCCUGCACACUCUCGCCUGAAAGUUCAUUAGACUUGAAGAGUGUAAGUGAGGUCGUUUAAUUUCCUUUAGAAAUAGAGACUGUGACAGAUCACUCAUGCCUCACUCAGACUGAAUUGCAGGCCGACAGUUCAAAUAUUUUUGAGUGAUGGCUUGAUGGUAACGAAAUCCCCUUGUACAUUGUAAAUUAAAAAUAUCUGCCUCGACUCCAAAGUGCUAAUUUAGCCUUCAAGCACAAGGUCUGAUAGAGCCAUUUGAGUAUAAUCAAGGCCACGUUGGGGCUCUUUCGAAACUAUGAAUCUGCAGCUUUAAAUUUGCAAAAAUACAUACAAACAAACUACACCCACCCUUGUAUCAUGUUUAAAAGUUGUUCUAGGAACUACUUUGUUUUAAUAUGUAUUUUUGUGCCUUCAGGUUGAAAUGUAUGCAGCUGAAUGCCCAGAUCCCAACGAUGAUAUUAUUGGAAAGAAGACUAUGCCAAACAGAGAAUUCGGACUAACUUGGUAAGACUUUCCCCUAACAGAAUGCUAAGAGGGAGUGAUCUAUUUCUUGAUCCCUCACAAUAUUAAUCCCGGCGAAAUUCAAGAUUACAGUACGAAGUCUUUAGUAUUAAGUGCGCUGAAGUAUUGUACUGAAUUUGAGCCUCUUGUUUUUUGAGCUUUGGUUGAAACGUAUUUAGACAAGCUGGAAUCGAACCAAUGUUUGUAACCUUUGCUUGGUGUCUUCUAUAUUCCAGCACCACAGCGCAAGUUAAUAGCCAAUAUGUUUUAAAAAAGUUGUUGGAAUUUACCUUGUGUUGUGUUGCUGGCUUCAGCGUUUUAACUGCAUGACGCGGGAUUUGAAACAAAGGAUUUCAGCGGAAUGGAUCUUGGGUAUAAAUUACUGUAGUUGCACUCGGCCUAGGAUGGUAAUCAUGCAUGAGAACUUUACAAGGUGUUUCAUGAUAUGGACUUUAAAAAUUCCGGUUCUUUGGGAAGUAAAUAAAUAAAACGUUAUGGCAUAACAGCCCGUUGACAUAAUUGUGUUCUCUAAAUUAGGCUUAGUUUAUACUGAUAUAUAAAUAGACGAAGACAAACAGGACAAAUACGCGCUUGAAAGUCGCGAGCUUCCAACUAGAAAGUUUGUAUGUAAACAGGAGGAAAACUGGAACUUGGUGGUUACCGUUACCUGUGGUCUUUUUUAUAUUUCAGCAUUGCAGGAAAAGUCGACCAACAUGUCUUAAACGCUGAAGCGGUCGAAUUUAUCCCACGCUUUUCAACAACUAGCGGUUUUGUAACAGACACGUUUGCCAAACCGGCGCAUAGGUAUGUUUUAUAUUUCAUUUCUAUAGCACACGUGGCAAGUUACUCAUUUAUGAGAGCUAACUGAGAUAUCAGUCACAAAAAUAUGUGCGUGUAAACCAAACGAAAAGUUCUUUGGUCCUUAAGGAUCGUCUUACCACCAUGUACAUGUAAACAGCCAUUCUGAGAUUCACCCAACUCGUAUAGGUCACUGAAAAACAGUGACCUCGUUUUUAAAAGCUAUCCCUAUGAAAAGCCUGCUAAGUAUCGCACUAGCUCAACUGCAACCAACUGCUUCAGGUUUUUCCUAACAGAACGUAGACGAAUCUGUUAAGUCUCUUGGCUGCUUUCCAGCCUCGCAAGCCUAAAUCGAGGUGUCCUACAGUGAUUCAUUUUAGGCCUUCUUCUCUUUUCACACUUGCCUGUGAUCAUUUAAGUUAGGAAAAACCAAUAAAAGAGUAAACUAGAAGCUUGAUCUCUUUUGAGUAUUGGCCUGCUUUUCUUUGCUGUUAAUUUGCAAAGCAAACUGGAUCUUGCUUUUUAUUGUCGUCUGUCGUCUUUUAUAUUUUUCAGAAUUGCAGGACAAGUUGACCAACACCACCAUGUUUUAAACCCUGACGCGGAUGAAUUCAUCCCCUGUUUUCAAGCAACUCGCGCAUUUGAAACAAAAGUUUUUGGCAAACUGGAGCUUGGGUAUAAAUCAUACUUUGCAUUUCUAUUGCGCAUUUAUUUAAAAAGGAUGUUAAUCAUUUGUGAGAACUAAUUGGGCAAUGUUAGGUACAGAUGAUAGUCUACGGGUCCUUUUAAGAAGCCCCAUUAUAACUUCAUAGCAUAUUAACCUGACUCACUUGUAGUGAGCCUUGGCCUGUUUUUCUUUGACUUUGAACGUAACAGGACUCCAGGUAAACAGGAAGGUGUUGGUUACCGUUGUCUGUCGUCUUUUUUAAUAUUUCAGCAUUGCUGGACAGGGCGACCAACGUCAUAUAUUGAACCCUGAAGCCGAUACAUUUAAACCACGCUUUCAAGCAACGGGGGGAAUUCAAACAGACGAUUUUGACAGAACGGAAUUUGGGUAUGUAUUUAUUUUAUUUCUAUAUUGUGCACUUAGGAAGAGUAUCAUUUAGGAGAACUAAGAAAAGAAGAAUAUGCGCCGGAGUAACGUUCGUUACUUUCCCACUAGAAUGAUGUGAAGUAACACAAAUGAGAAGUUAUUCCGCCUUCUACGAUCUUCUUCCAGUCCACUUCUUUUCAGCCAGUUUUUAUAGAGCUUUAUAGCAACAUGGACAUGCCCAGUAAAACAAGCGACAGCGCCCCAGUGAAACGCUCAAAUUUAGAACUGAUGUAGCUGAUAAUCGCUAGGUUAACUUAGGAAAUCUUUUUUCCCACAGAAUUCCUGGAGGAAGGCAUUCUUUGAACGUUUUUGCGAAGGACUUUGUCCCUGCCGAUUUUCAGGUUAGUAUAUUUUCAGAAAUGAUAUGACCUAAUCAACACAAGAUAUUAAAUGAAAUUUCCUUUUUGGCUCAGAAAUGCCAUUAGAGCAGCUCUCUGGAGAUUCCGUCAAAAACGCAUCAUCUCUCUUUUUGAAACCUCCCACCAAAAAAGAACAAUACCGUUUGACUGGCUGUGCAUCCUGCAAUAGUUUUAUUUAAAGUAUAGCUAAUUUCUACAUUGAAAGACAUUACAACCACGAGAAUAUAAGCAUUUUUUCCAAACUUAGUAAGAAAAGAACAAAACAACAGCCCAAACGUACUUGCACCUCCACCAGGAUCAAGUAAUGGUUCUUUGUCGUAACAAUAAACCGAGUAUAUGUCUUUAUACAUGCUACUACUCUAAUAGGAUAAACGAAUAUUUAAAACUUUAUCAUGACAAGAUGAUAACAAAAAAGGUUUGUUUUCACUUUCGUACUCUCAAGAAAAAUAAUUUCGAACGAACACCUAUAUCGACCGGAUCCUACUUAUUACAUUCUCCAUUCUAACGUUUUGUGAUUACAGAACAGAGCAAGUGCCUCCAUGGUUGUUCCCCCCGAGUACGAUGUGGCCCCCAUAGCAGCUCCAGCCCUGCCACACCCUGUCAGACCACGACGUCGAGCCAGACGUCAGAAUAAUCCAUCUGUGUUAAAUCAUCCCCAGAAUCUACAGCCAAGAGGUAUUUAG